CAGGAAGCAGCAAACCCUACUGCGACAAAGAUGAGCGAUGUGAAGGCAGCUGUGCGGCAGAUCCUGGGUGGCGAGGGCCUCUACAGCGCCGACAGCCUGCAGACGCUCGAGGAGUACCUAGAUCAGCAAUGGGCCAACGACACCUACGACGUCGAGGCCAACCUGACCAUCCUGAAGCUCUACCUGAUGUAUCCCCAGCACAUGAAGAAGGACAGGGUGCGGCAGAUCUUGGUCAAGGCGCUGGGCGCCACCUUCCCCCAGAACGACUUCCAGCUGUGCAUGUACCAGCUACCGCCAAACCGCUUCAGGGACAUGCCCGAGGUGACUGAGCUGGUCAGGCUGGCCGCCAAGCUCGACACAUGCGACUUCAAGGGCUUCUGGAGCGACCUUGACAAGUACCCCGAUGUGGUGAGCUGCCCUGGGCUGCGGGCCAAGGUGAGGACGUUCAUCUGUGGGGUGGUGGCCACGGCAUACGCCGCUCUGUCGAGAGAAGGUCAGUGGGCAGACAGAGAAACUGCAUACGCAUUUAUGUUCACUGUAUCUGUUGUUCAUUGGAUGUGAUGUGUGCAGCCCUGUCUGAGUAUGUGGGUCUCCCCCCUGGAUCAGCCGAGCUGUCGGCGCUCAUCAAGCAGCACGGGUGGCGCGAGGAGGCCAACGGAGAGCUGCGGAUCAGCGAGAGUGAAGAUGACCGGGUCAAAGACGUGCUGGUCAAGGGCGAGGGGGCAACCAAGGAGAGGAUCUCACCCGACAAGCUGAGGACGGUGCUCAACAGUGUCGCAUCUGUCAGAUAGAUAGACAGACAGGCAGGCAGGGGUGCAUUAACGGAAGGACGUGUGUAUAGGGGGGCGGGGGGUGGCUGUGGCGUGGUGUGUGGUCAUCUGCGAAGGUUUCGUUCCGCCCACUGUCGUGACGAUAUGGCUCUGUAGGUCAACAGACGGGGGCCUGAUCGCUCGCUUCUGUUCACCUGCAUGGCCAUGCACGCACGUCAGAGGGCGAGAGGGCCUCGUUACGCGACAGAGCGGAAGAGAUGCAGAGCUGAGCGGGGGUGGCGUGGCUUGCUCUGAGUGUGGGAGCGUGAUGAGAUAGAAACGGGCCACCAGUGAGUGGCUGUCUGUGCACUUGCGCGGCCCGCCGUGAUCAGCAUCCCGAUGGUGUCAGACAGUGGAGCCGCUGAUCACACUGGGCAGCGCAUAGCCACGGCAGUUUUCACUGAUGGACCGAUGAAUGGACGUGACAUUUACUUCUCGUCAGCGUUCGUUGUCCGUUCAAGGAGAUGUGAACAAAGUCAAUGUCACAGUGUCAAUCCGACAGUCGACAAUCAGUCACUCGUAAAAGAAAAAAUGGAAUUGCA